AUGCAGCAACCAACAUGCUCCAACAUGCGCAUCCGCUCAACCGCGGACGCCCACAAGAUUUUCGCAGCAAUACAGCAGAACAUCCUCAGCAUGGUCACAAGGCGCCUCGACGCCGACGAGCGUCUCGCCCUCCGCUCAGGCUGCAUUUAUGCCUGGGAAGAACGCGGCCCACACAGCGAGAUAACCGGCCUCGGAAUCGAACGGUUCACCGAGGGCAGGCGCUGGUCGCCCUCGCGUGUCCGGGAUGAAUUCCUAUUUUAUUACGAGAAGUACUCGCCGCCUGCGGACGCUAAUCAUCUGGGUACCUCCGCUGAGCGCCAACCGCCUCGCGACUGGGAUCCACUCGUCAAACAGACCUACUCCGUCUGGGUUGACACGGAAAAAGGACGUCGGAAAUGGCAUCUCACCGCGUACUUUACCCAGGCCACCAUUGAUCAGUUGGGCACUGUGGACGACGAUAUGCGUCUCCGGAAUGUAAUUGUAGCAGACGGCAUGUUCAAGAGUACACGAGUAGGCAAGAGUCGCAAUCGAACUGAGGACCACAAUCGUUCGGAUGUGGCACGGGCAGCCAGCUCUGUCACACGGACCUACGCACCUUUUCCAACUCCAUACCAAUACCAAGCACAUAAUGGAUCCCCUAGUAUGGCUCCAGUCCUAAUGCAUGAACCAUAUCAGUCCACCCAUGCGGCCGAGCGCCUCCAAUCUCCGGCCUACGAACAUACUCCGUCUCCGGUCUCUCCUCAAAUCCAAGGACAGCAAUACCUACCCAACCAGUCCAACUAUCCCAACUCAAACCCAUCGCCGUACAUUGGGUCCAGAUACCCUACAAGCCCAACGAACAUCUCCCAAGCGAUGAGCUCUCCAGCCCAGUCGCCUCAACAAUACCACCUUCCUAGCAUGCACCACCACGACCACCACGGAUAUUACUCUCCUACCCCGUCUUCUUCCUCCUCCUGGUCUAACAACCAAUCUCAGCCAUACUACAGCCCUUCCGCGCACCGGCCUAGUGCCAGCCACUUUGAAGCUCCUCAGCCUUCCCCGUACUCUCCGCCAUCCUCUUACAGUAACCCACCCCCACCUCCGAGCCACCAUACCGGCCCCGUUUCACCCCACCCGCACCCCUACUCCGGGCCCAUCCCAAACAACGGCAGCCAGCUCUACUCGCCGUCCUACUCCCUCGGCUCAGCCCUGACACCUCCCCCACACCCACUGCCGCCCCCACAGACCCUCGCCCAGCCACCCCCGCACGCCGGGCACGCACACUCGCCCACCGACCUCGAGAUGCGCGGGCCCCAGCUCUCGCCAUUGCAGAUCCCCGACCGCAUCUACCCCAGCGGCUCGUACACGCAACCCUCACCCGUCUCCUCCGCCGCCGACGGGCCUCUGCCCCCGAGCAUUGGUGGUCCUGGAGGCCCAGGGAGCUCGGGCAUCGAGAACUCGGACUACGCGCUCGCCCCACUCAACAUCCUCAAGCGCCCGGGUCGGUACCGCCGCGAGCCGGCGGACGAGAAGACGCUUCGGCUUCUGCGUGCGCCACAGUCGAGUCCUUGA